AUGAUCAGUCAUUCUUGGUUCCAACUAUCAAACCGAUCGCAUUUUUCCAUAGACAUUGUGGAUUGCCUUCGAUUUAUUAUGUUAACUCGAAAAAGGCGUCAACAAGUUCCCACAUUUUUAGAGGGGACUCCGGGUCGGUAUUUUAAAAGAGAUAUGCCACCAAAAAUGCCGUCUUAUGAUGGCUUUCAACAAAAUGCGCCAGUUGAUUCGGAUUCGUGGGCUCAGUCAACCCAAAGUCUUGAUCAUCAUAUUAAAGGUAAUUUAAGUAAUAAGAAUUCUCGAAGUGUGGUAAGCAUAUGUCGGCCUGUGACUUAUUUACCAUCACAGAAUUGUAAUGGUGGUCCUUCGAUUCAUCCCAUCGUCACUAAUUUAGGAAUGGGUGUCUCUUCAAGUGUCGGAAAUGUUGUCCAGCAUGAAACUAAUUCGAUGUCUAACAAAAGCGUCAAUCAGCGACCAACGUCCAUCUCUUUACAGAGCCUCCCUGGACGUUCAAUAACUAGCUGUAUAGCAAAUGCAGGUUUGUGUGUUGAUCCACGUGAUGAUAAUUUGCCACUUCCAGCGAACUGGGGAAUUGAACUCACUCAAGAUGGAAUAAGAUAUUAUGUGGACCACAAGAGAAAAAGGACACAUUGGAUACAUCCAUUAGCAAGAGAAACUCUGCCUCGUGGAUGGAUAAAACGAUAUGAUGAAGUGAACGGCGUUGUUUAUGUGAAUGAAACUGAACGUCGUUGUCAGUUUUAUCAUCCUGGCUUCACAACACCAUUAGGAACAUCGCAUCAUUGCCCGGAAAAACACUGCAUCUGUCGUAAAAUAUUUAUAAAUUAUGUACCAUCAAUCGGCAAUUAUUUGGAAGAAUGGAGGCACAUAGAUGGUAAUCGCAAAGAAUCUGUCAUUACACCACUAAAAGCCGAAAGCACCAUAGAGAAUCUCAAUAUCAUAAGUGAAGUUAACGACUGUACCUACCCAACGGUUGCUUCUUUUUUUGCAGAUACACCAAGUUGGCUUCGUUUAUAUUCUAGCGCACCAACGAAAUUCGACCAUAUUUUAUCGUGGGAGUUAUUUUCGAUUUCACAGUUGGAGGAUUUCGAUAUGCACUUGAGAAAACUAUUUAAACAAGAGGUUAUUGAUACGGUGAUUAGAUAUGAGCGUUUACGACGUGAAAUUUAUCGGGAAUUAUUUAGGAGGCAACUAGAUGACGAUUCUUCGUCGAUAAUUGUAUAA